UCAGUGUUCAGCACAGUGACAGUGGACUUCACACCUGACUGAUCACUAAUUAACCGAUCACUAACUGACUGAUCGAUCAUCUCUCAGUGUCCGGUCUCCAGCGCUUCUCUCUGCUCCACCAUGCCGUCUCUGCGACACUCUUACACGGUCACUGUUCCGGAGGAGACGCCGGUCUCCUUCCACCUGAACAAACCCAAGAGUCCGUCUCUGUCCCGGUCCAUGCUGGUGUCCACCUUCAUGGGACUGAUCAUCAACCAGGCCAAGAACAAGAGUUCUCAAGGCCUGGUUGGGUUGAAGAACCUGGGAAACACGUGCUUCAUGAACUCCAUCCUGCAAUGUCUGAGCAACACUCCAGAGCUGCGGGACUACUGCCUGAGAAACGUCCACCGCACGGACAUCAACACGAACCCCGGCAAGACAAAGACCGGCCUCAUGGAAGAGUUUGCCAAACUGACUCAGCGCCUGUGGACGUCCGUGAAGUACGAGGCCGUCAGUCCCUCCGACUUCAGGAACCAGAUCCAGAAAUACGCUCCCAAGUUUGUGGGCUGCAAUCAGCAGGACGCCCAGGAGUUCCUGCGCAUGUUACUCGACGGUCUCCACAGCGAGGUGAACAGGGUGACGGUGCGUCCCAAGGUGUUGGCCGAUGACCUCCACCACCUCUCGGAUGACGAAAAAGGAAACUGGAUGUGGAACAAGUACUUGGAGAGAGAGGACAGCAAAGUCGUCGAUUUAUUCGUCGGGCAGCUGAAAAGUUCCCUGACCUGCUCCGUGUGUGGCUUCCGCUCCACAGUGUUCGAUCCGUUCUGGGAUCUGUCGAUACCGAUCGCACAGAAAAGCUCUGGGGACGUGAAGCUCAAAGACUGUUUGAGGCUCUUUACAAAAGAAGACGUGCUGGACGGAGACGAGAGGCCGACGUGCAACAACUGCAAAACCAGGAGGAAAUGCACCAAACGAUUUAGCAUCCAGAAGUUCCCCCAGAUCCUCGUGCUUCACCUGAAGCGUUUCUCAGACUCCAACGUCCGAGCCAGCAAACUCUCCACGUACGUGAACUUCCCGCUCAAAGACCUCGACAUGCGGGAGUUUGGCUGCGGGAGCGGCGAGCGUGUCCUGUACAACCUGUACGCAGUGUCCAACCACAGCGGGAACACUCUGGGAGGUCAUUACACAGCGUACUGCAAGAACGCCACGCUCGGGGAGUGGUACAGCUACAACGACACCAGGGUGAGCCCCAUGUCCUCCAGUCAGGUCCGCACCAGCAAUGCCUACAUCCUCUUCUAUGAGCUCUCCACCACCCCGCACAGCAAACACCAGACGAGUCGUCUGUAGUCUCCACUGUGGAGCCACCACUCACCCUGGGGGCCUUAUUACAAAACGAGGUGGAGUCAGGCGCCACCUAGUGGAGAGAGAGAGAGAGAGUCCUGCCAUUACAAACUGUGAAGAUGAAGCACAUGAAGAAGAUAAUGUUGCAGUGGAGAAAAGAAAAGCCCUUUAAAAAAGGGUGGAUAUGAAGACACUGAGUGGAUCUGAACUGACGCUGAGAAGAGAAAAAUAUAUAAAGAUUCAGCUCCAGGUGUAGCUGUCAGUGAUGGACUGAGAAAAGGAUGUUGUUUUUUUGGAGUUUUUCAUAUCAAAAAAGGACAUGUUACAGCUUUUCCUGGACCUGCUUAUAUUCUUGUCAAUCGUGUGGAUUUCAUUUUCACUUUGAUCACAUCAAAACUCUGACUACGACAUGUACUGUGUAAUGUAUUCUACCUAAUAUGAUGCCAUUUAUUAAGUUACUUUUUUUUUUUUUUUUGACCCCAACUCUUAAAUCUGUGCAAAUAACAGACCAGAGCCGUGGGGGUGUUGUCAGUCUCCACACAUGUUAUAUUUGUACAGUAUUUAUUGUAAGUGAUGUAGGGGAAUUUUGGAACAACACUGUGGGAAAAGCCAGUCAUACCAAAGCUGCUGUGACAAUAAUCAUCUACGCCUCAAAAAAAAAAUCCAGUGUCAACUUUUGCUACAUCACUUCUUUUUUUUCUUUGUUUUACUUUUUAUUUAUCCAGCCAAAAAUAAUAAAGGCUGGGGAAGAGUUGAUGAGUGCAAUAACAAUAAUAAUAAUAAUAAAAAAUAAUAUCCUGUGUGAUAAA